UCUCUCUCUCUCUCUCUCUCUCUUCACCUUCUUUUAUCUUUCUCUCUUCUUAUCCCAAAUAAUACAUUCUGUUGCACUGGUUUUCUCUGAAACUGUGAUACAGAGAUCAACAGCGGUUGUUUAAUCCCCUCCCCUCCUCCUCCUUUACCUCCCUCUGCUUAUAUUCAUGAGGGGAGAGAGCGGCCCCCUGCAGCCCUGCCAUACACGCUUCUCUAUGUACACCUGACCAGAGCUGGUGAAACAAGCCCACAACCACUGAUAGAGAGAGAGAGAGAGAGACACAGGAUGAGGGACGCGCUACAGCUGUCUCUGUGACAGACUCUGCUGCUGCCGUUGCGAUCGUGCUGAAAAACUGCCUCUGCGUCUGUGCUGCUAGCCGGAUACCAACUCGUUCAUGUCGUUUUGCCUGGUUGACUUUUUCGACAUGGAAUCACCCACCAAAGAGAUAGAGGAUUUCGAGAACAACUCUUUGAAGUAUCUGCAACCAGAGCAGAUUGAGAAGAUCUGGCUGAGACUGCGAGGACUGCGAAAAUAUAAGAAGACAUCACAGAGGCUGAGAUGUUUAGUGAAACAGUUGGAAAGAGGUGAGGCUUCAGUUGUAGACCUGAAGAAAAAUCUAGAAUAUGCUGCAUCUGUUUUGGAGUCCGUCUACAUUGAAGAGACGAGGCGGUUGGUGGACACAGAGGAUGAGCUCAGUGACAUCCAGUCCGACUCUGUUCCCUCAGAAGUGCGCGACUGGCUGGCAUCAACUUUCACACGUCAGAUGGGGCUGAUGUUGAGACGGUCGGAGGAGAAGCCGCGAUUUCGCAGCAUUGUGCACGCGGUGCAAGCUGGGAUAUUUGUGGAAAGGAUGUACCGACGGACCUCCAACAUGGUUGGACUCAGCUAUCCGCCUAGCGUGAUCACUGCCUUGAAGCAUGUGGACACUUGGUCGUUUGAUGUCUUCACACUAAACGAUGCCAGCGGAGAUCAUGCACUAAAAUUUAUUUUUUACGAACUUCUCACCAGAUAUGACAUAAUCAAUCGAUUUAAGAUCCCUGUCUCUGCCCUGGUGUCUUUUGUGGAGGCCUUGGAGGUGGGCUACGGCAAACACAGAAACCCUUACCACAAUCUAAUCCAUGCUGCAGACGUCACCCAGACGGUGCAUUAUAUUCUGCUCAAGACUGGCAUGGUGCACUGGUUGACCGAGUUAGAAAUAUUCGCUAUGCUAUUUGCCGCAGCUGUGCAUGAUUACGAACAUACCGGCACCACCAACAACUUCCACAUACAGACCAGAUCAGAUACAGCUAUACUCUACAACGACCGUGCUGUACAGGAAAACCACCAUGUGAGCGCUGCAUAUCGCCUCCUGCAGGAUGACGAUGAGAUGAACAUACUCUUCAAUUUGUCUAAAGAUGACUGGAGAGAAUUUCGGACCCUGGUGGUUGAGAUGGUCCUGGCCACAGACAUGUCCUGUCACUUCCAGCAGAUUAAAGCCAUGAAAAACUUCCUCCAGCAGCCUGAAGCGAUUGAUAAACCUAAGGCCUUAUCCCUGUUACUGCACACUGCUGAUAUAAGCCACCCCGCCAAAAACUGGAACAUGCACCAUCGUUGGACCACCUCACUGCUGGAGGAGUUCUUCAGACAGGGAGAUAAGGAGGCGGAGCUUGGAUUGCCUUUCUCUCCUCUCUGUGACCGCAAGUCUACCAUGGUGGCCCAGUCUCAGAUCGGUUUCAUUGAUUUCAUUGUGGAGCCCACUUUUACCGUUCUCACAGACAUGAUCGAGAAAAUUGUUAGUCCACUAGUUGAAGAGUCCUCACGCACCGGCCUGGCUGGAUUCAGACGAUCCAGUCUGAAUAACAUCCCGACAGAUGGUAAACGGUCUAAUGCGAGAAGCACGGGUUCGGAGAGCGGCACUUCUCUGAACUGCUCCAUACACACUGUGGACUUCAAGUCAUUCAAGGGCACCUGGAACGAGGAAGUGCACAAAAACCGAGAGAAAUGGAAAGCGCAAGCAGCCAAAGAUUUAGAAGAGAAGGCCAAACAGGAAGAUACCGAAAAGAAAAACGACAAUGCCAUAGACUCACAGAUCAACGACAGCAAAACCAACAAAGACAAUGAUACUAAAACACAAGACAUAGAUAAACCAAACACAAACUUACCUGAGAAAUCUCAUGACAAAGGGAAAAAAGAUGCAAGACAAGAGAAGGACGGCAAGGAGAAAGAUUCAAAAACUCAAGAGGAUUCAAGCAAAGCUACCGUUGAUAACAAAGAACCCACAGAGCAGCAGCCCAGAGAGGAAGAGGGUGAUAAAGACCCAGGGGGCGUAAACGGGGCACAAACGCCAGCGUCUGAUGCCAAAGAGCCUGAGACCGGCAGUGACACAGACAACAGUCAGCGAGCACAAAGCGGGAACGAGGAACUGAAUUCACCUUCACACAGUGACAGUGACGACAGUGAAAGCAAAAUUUCAGACGACACAGAAGAGGAGUACAGUAACUGUGGGAACAGCCCCUCAUCACUGGCAAACAGUGCAGCUGCUGCCUCUGCGCCUGAUGCAAACUAACAGACUCCAAACCCUGUUCUGUGCUGUCACCUGGUGGUUACUUUCUUUUAUUACUCAUCUCUUUGCUUUUUGAAGGACAUUUUCUUUCUUAAAUAAGGUUUUCUGUUUCUCAUAGACCCACCUCAAGUUUUUCCUGCUUUCUUUAAUUCAAACCUGACUUUAAAGAUGUAUGACCUUACAUGCAAACAAGGUUUUGGGUCUGAGAUUCACAAAACAAUCCAAGACUUUUGCUUGAUGAUGCUACAUUGGCCGCAGUCAUGAUGUUCCAUGGUGGCUUUUGGAAACUGUUGCCACCGAAACCACACGGAAAUUAAAUGUAUGUACUGUGUGUUGAUGAAGGCCACCCAUCUAAUUCCCCAGGGAUGGCACAACAAGCAUCAGACCUCCAGACAGCAGAUGGAGAACCUCAAAGAACUUUAGUCCCAUGCAACUGGACCACAGCCUUCAACUGGCCCUCAUUACAGUGUCCAAAGAAUGUCUGCAGAGUUGCUGUUUGUUUACCUCUUAUUUUUAGCAUUUUUUUCAUCAAUGUGCACAUUUACUUGCACACCGAUAUGCUGAUAACGACCAAAAAUGUGUACAUUAAAAAAAUCGUGUUUACAUGAGAUUUGAAAUGAUCGGAUUAUUCUCUGCUUUUGACAUCAAAAUGAGAACAGACAUGCACACAACACUUCUGCACUUUGCAUAAGCCAGUAAAAGUGAUGGUAAAGGUGUUUACAAGCAACGCAAAAUUGGUGUAACGGGCAAAAAUCUACGUGUGCUUAUCGUUUUUUGCUUAAACUUUUAUGACCUUACCUCGAUAAAGGAAAAUCGUUAAAGGCAUUUACAUGACCUUACACGUUGUUGGCUUGCUAAGCAUAAUCGGUGUAAUAUUGUGCAUGUAAACGUGCUCAUUGUUUGUUAUUUACUGUUUAGUAGUAGUUAUACUGAUGUUGCUGUCAUCCUGUUUUUUGUUAUGUGUGUGAUACUGUACUGUUUCCAGUGCUUGUGUGCGUUCUCUGUACAUAUGCUGGUGUGGAUCAAACCGUGUAUGUGAUAGAGGCUUUCAGUGUUAAUAUAAUGGCCCGUAAUCUUUUGUCAAUAUCCUUUGCCAAUUAAGAAAUAGCAGACAAGCAAGAGUGCUGUAAUACUGAAAAUCUCAGCCGGCAGGCUUGUGACUUUGGCACAAUGACAUUCAGUACCUCAGCACGAUUGCAAAUGAUUUUGCUUUUAUAUACAAAAGUUCUAUAAACAAGAAAUUAAUAUAGAGUAGCUUAAAUUUUAGGCCACAUAUACACUUGCAAGUUUUCAGUUUCCUGACGUCAUUGUUUUCAAAUUAUGUGGUAAUGGAGAACAUUUUUUUAAACAAUCAAUGGUUAGUUAACAAACAUUAGUUAACAAUAUUAGUUAACAUAAACUAACAAUUAAAAAUACUUUUACAGCAUUUAUUAAUCUUGGUUAAUGUUCAUUUUAACAUAUAGGCUACUCAUACAUUUUUACAUUUACAUUUUGCAUUUAUGCAUUUGGCAGAUGCUUUUAUCCAAAGCAACUUACAGUGCACAUAUUACAGGGACAUUCCCCCCCGGAGCAACCUGGAGUUAAGUGUCUUGCUCAAGGACACAAUGGUGGUGGCUGUGGGAUCAAACUGGCCACCUUAUGCUUUCCUGUUCUGUGCUUUAGUCCAUUACGCCACCACCACUCCAUCAAAAGUGGUCCAUCACAAAAUCUAAAGUUUUACAUGUUAACAUUAGUUAUUGCACUAUGAACUAACAAUGAACAAUUGUGUUUUUAUUAACUAACAUUUACAAAGUUUAUAAAUGAUGUGGAAAAUAUAUUGCUCAUUGUUAGUUCAUGAUACCUAUUGUAUUAAUUAAUGUUAAUGAAUGGAACCUUACUGUAAAGUGUUACCCAAUCAAUGGAGCUUUUCGAAAAUGCUCUCCAUUACUGCAUACUUUGGAAAACGAUUAUGGUCAGAAACUGAAAAUGGAGUUUUAAAAUAAAAUGGAUAAGAGUGUAUGUGGCUUUAGACUUAAUAUAGAAAUCAAGCUUGGAACGGCGCUUGUCAGAUCAGAUUAGAGGACCGGGACUAACUGUUAUAACAUCACUUUGAUCACAAAAGAUAUUAUUCUUUUCAAAUAUAACUCAUUGUGACUGAUAGGAUUCACACAAAUUGUAAUCAGUUCAGUCUUUCAUUUAGAAUAUGGAGUCAUUUUUACAGAAACUGUUAAUAGGAUGUUACAAUAUGUGAUUUGCACAACAUACCCGUAGAUCUAUAUCAGUUGCAUAUUGUGAAAUUACAAAGAAGAGGAAAGGAAAAUGGAAAAAAAAAAUACAUAUGUUUAUUGUAAUCAAGGUGCAUUUGCCAUUAUACAGUUCAUCUGUAACAGUGGUGUCCAACAAUAUUGGCACCCUUGGUAAAUAUGAGCAAAGAAGGCUGUGUAAAAUAUGUCUUUGUUGCUUAUCCUUUUGAUCUUUCAUUCAAUAUAUUCACAAAAAUCUAUCCUCUAAUGGAUAUCAAACAAUUGCAAACACAACACAAGUUUUAUAAAAAAAUAUAUAUAUAUAUAUUUGUCAAAUAUAUGUGUGGCACAAUUAUUGGCACCCUUUUAUUUAAUACUUUGUGCAACCUCCCUUUGCCAAGAUAACAGCUCUGAGUCUUCUUCUAUAAUGCCUAAUGAGGUUGGAGGUCACAUAGCAAGGGAUAUGAGACCAUUCCUCCAUACAGAAUCUCUCCAGAUCCUUCAAAUUCAGAGGUCCAUGCUGGUGGACUCUCCUCUUCAGUUCACCCCACAAGUUUUCCAUGGCAGAACCUUGAUUUUGUGGUCAGUGAACCAUUUUUUUGUGUUGAUUUUGGUGUUUGUUUUGGAUCAUUGUCCUGCUGGAAGAUCCAACCAGAGCCCAUUGUAAGCUGUCUGACAGAGGCAGUCAGAUUUUGAUUUUUUUACCUGCUAGUAUUUGAUAGAGUCCAUGAUGCCAUGUAUCCAAACAAGAUGUCCAGGACCUCUGGCAGAAAAACAGCACCAUAACAUUAAAGAUCCACCACUAUAUUUAACCGUGGGCAUGGGGUACUUUUCCAUAUGGCUACCUCUCUGUGUGCACCAAACCCAUCUCUGGUGUUUGCUGCCAAAAAGCUCUAUUUUUGUUUUAUCUAUCCAUAGAACCCUGUCCUAUUUGAAGUUCCAGUAGUGUCUGGCAAACUGAAGAUGCUUAAGUUUGUUGUUGGAUGAGAGCAGAGGCUUUUUUCUUGAAACCCUCCCAAACAACUUGUAGUGAUGUUGGUUCAAUUCUCCAGCUGUGAUCCCUUGGAGAAUUUUUGGCCAGCUGAACCAUCCUCCUCACCGUGCAUAAAGACAUUAUAGACACACAUUCUCUUCCAGGCCAAUUUGUAACAUCUCCAGUUGAUUGGAACUUCUUAAUUAUUGCCCUGAUGGUGGAAAUGGGCAUUUUCAAUGCUUUAGCUAUUUUCUUAUAGCCACUUCCCAUUUUGUGAAGCUCAACAACCUUUUGCCGCACAUCAGAACUAUAUUCUUUGGUCUUAUCCAUUGUGAUGGAUGACUAAAGGAAUUUGACCCGUGUGUUACCUCAUAUUUAUACCCCUGUGAAACAGGAAGUCAUGGCUGAACAAUUUCAUGUUCCUAGUCAACCAGGUGUACUAAAAAAAUAUGAAUUGGAAUAUAAUUCAGAUAUAUUUUACUCAUAAGAAUUUCUAGGGGUGCCAAUAAUUGUGGCAAACAUGUUUUGGAGAAAAGUAUUUAUUUAAUUAUGAGAUCCCCCCCCCCCCUUGCAAUUAGUUUACUUCAAUUAAAGGUUAGAUUUUUGUGAAUAUUUUAAUCAAAAGGAUAAACAAUAAAGACAUAUUUUUCACAGCCUUCUUUGCUCAUAUUUACCAAGGGUGCCAAUAUUUUUGGACACAACUGUAGAUAACACAAGUCUUGUCCAUCUGAUGUUGUGACUCGAACCUGAUGGGCCAACUAUCUCUCAAGCUUCUGCAAACAUUUUUAGCCCUUCAAGACCUUAAAAUGUAGUAAAUGUAAUUAUUUUGACAGUAGGUUGUAUUUUGAAUUUUCUUCUAUUUUUGUAUUAAAUGUAUAUAAAAGAUGACUAUUUAUGAAGUGUUGUUUAUAGAGCUUGUCACAUUUUCGAAAUUUGCUAUGAACAAUAUACUUUUGAGGAGGCAUACCAUACAUACACUAUAUUGCCAAAGGUAUUCACUCAUUUGCCUUUAGACGCAUAUGAACUUAAGUGACAUCCCAUUCUUAGGGUUUAAUAUGACGUCGGCCCACCCUUUGCAGCUAUAACAGCUUCAACUCUUCUGGGAAGGCUUUCCACAAGGUUUAGGAGUGUGUUUAUGGGAAUUUUUGACCAUUCUUCCAGAAGCGCAUUUGUGAGGUCAGACACUGAUGUUGGACGAGAAGGCCUGGCUCGCAGUCUUCGCUCUAAUUCAUCCCAAAGGUGCUCUGUCGGGUUGAGGUCAGGACUCUGUGCAGGCCAGUCAAGUUCUUCCACACCAAACUCGCUCAUCCAUGUCUUUAUGGACCUUGCUUUGUGCACUGGUGCGCAGUCAUGUUGGAACAGGAAGGGGCCAUCCCCAAACUGUUCCCACAAAGUUGGGAGCAUGGAAUUGUCCAAAAUCUCUUGGUAUGCUGAAGCAUUCAGAGUUCCUUUCACUGGAACUAAGGGGCCAAGCCCAGCUCCUGAAAAACAACCCCACACCAUAAUCCCCCCUCCACCAAACUUCACAGUUGGCACAAUGCAGUCAGACAAGUACCGUUCUCCUGGCAACCGCCAAACCCAGUCUCAUCCAUCAGAUUGCCAGAUGGAGAAGCGUGAUUCGUCACUCCAGAGAACGCGUCUCCACUGCUCUAGAGACCAGUGGCGGCGUGCUUUACACCACUGCAUCCGACGCUUUGCAUUGCACUUGGUGAUGUAUGGCUUGGAUGCAGAUGCUCGGCCAUGGAAACCCAUUCCAUGAAGCUCUCUACGCACUGUUCUUGAGCUAAUCUGAAGGCCACAUGAACUUUGGAGGUCUGUAGCGAUUGACUCUGCAGAAAGUUGGUGACCUCUGUGCACUAUGCGCCUCAGCAUCCGCUGACCCCGCUCUGUCAUUUUACGUGGCCUACCACUUCGUGGCUGAGUUGCUGUCAUUCCCAAUCGCUUCCACUUUGUUAUAAUACCACUGACAGUUGACUGUGGAAUAUUUAGUAGCGAGGAAAUUUCACGACUGGACUUGUUGCACAGGUGGCAUCCUAUCACAGUACCACGCUGGAAUUCACUGAGCUCCUGAGAGCGGCCCAUUCUUUCACAAAUGUUUGUAGAAGCAGUCUGCAUGCCUAGGUGCUUCAUUUUAUACACCUGUGGCCAUGGAAGUGAUUGGAACACCUGAAUUCAGUUAUUUGGAUGGGUGAGCGAAUACUUUUGGCAAUAUAGUGUAUGUAGAUGAGAGAUAUAUUAGAGAGAUAAAAAGGGAUUUUACUAUUUAAUCUGGUUAACAAAGAAAAAAGAUUUCAGUAAUAUAACUUCAACAUAGUGAUUCUCUAGAUACUGAGUGCAGAUAAAAAACACCUCUUUGGUUCCAUGUCCUAUGGGUAUUUAUUUUAAUAUUUAUGUCACAAACUUUCAAUAUGGUUUAAUCUAUAUUGCCCAACCUUAUUGAUCUUUAGAGGAGACUGUGACAAAAGUGUGUAUAUACAGUUAUGCUAGGACACAUUCUUAUGAUGCACUUAUUCAUAUGAAAUAUUACUGAAAAUCAUUUUCUUAUUAACUGUGAUAAUGAGAAAAACAAAAAAAGUAGAAAACAAGUAAAAAAACAAACAAACAAACAAACAAACAAAAAGAAAAAAAAAAAAACAA